GAGAAAGGUAUAAGGACGAAGGGUCGGGCCUUGUGUCUACGGCGUGCGUUAUUGUUAUAUCCGCUUGGAUACGAGAUAACGCCAAGGGAGGAAACAGGGAAGAUUUCAUCUCGAUCCAACGAUGGAUGAAAGGAGGAGACUGUUCAGGGAGGAGAGUCGCGGUAUAUCGGACGGCGGAAGGAUGUGAGAGGACUAUAUGGGUGAACACCAAACGGGCAGAGCAGAUCCGUCGAAAUCACGAACACGUGGCGAGACGUGAAGCGGGACUAUCCGGACGGGUGGAAAAUCGCGCGAAAAUCUCUAAAUAAAGAUUUAGUACGUUAUACCGUCGUAACGCGCACACGCGAACGAAUCUCCAUCGAGGGUUUCCAGGACGAGUCGAAAAUUAUUUCAAAUAUCGAUUUCGCUUGCACAUACGUACCAUCGCUCUUCUUACUCUCGCGCGCACGUGCUAAAAGGAUAGAGGAAACGAAACAAAGGAUCGAAAGACGAGUUAUCGCAGGACGAGAUUCGUUGGAAGAGAAAAGUUUUCCAACCGACCUCGAUCGCCCGCCCAAUUCGACCCUCGAGAAGCUUCGACCUUUUGUAAAUUUGUAGCGUUGAGCCUGCUGUGCGUAAAGAAAUUCUCCGGGAGUGCGACGAUGCUGGAGGCUCCACCCGGAAGUCGCGAAGAUCUCGUGGAAGCGGCAAGAACUCCAUGUACGCCUACAGAUCUGGACACGAUGUUGUACGGAUACACAAACAGCAUAUACGUGCUGGACCACACUCCGGAAUCCUUGCCGGACAUGGAUAUGCUGCAGCUAUUCGCAUCGCCGGCAGGACGAGCACUUCUCAGUAACGACAAUCGGCCGAGAGGAUCCACGUCGACCUCCUCCUUGUCUCGAGAAUCCUCCUCGAGGUUGAAGAGCGGCAGAAGGCCAUCGGGAACCGGUACGGUCAGCGCGCCUACUUCACCGCCGAGGCAAAGAAAGUCGAGCGCGGAGCUUUACAAGGAGGCCGUAGAAAUUCUUGGACUCACCUGUUCUCUGACCGACAGUUGCCGAUGCAUCGAUUGUCAGAGCAACUACUUCGACUGCGACGACGAUUGCGGCGAUGCAAGGACGGAAUUGGCCGCCGGCACUCCCAUACUGCUCGAUCACGCUUUGUCGCAUCCGUUGACAUGUUCCAUACAGUAGCAGGCCAAGUGGAUAGAAGCUGCAUCGGAGGAGAAGCCGCAUCGUCGACCCUUUUAUUAACUCAGCCUGCCACGCAUCGAAUACUUAUCGGAAGGAUUUUCCUUCGAAAAGGAAGCUAAUCUUACGGGGCCGAUCGUACGCCGAAGGACGAUUAGAAGAAUAAGCGAAAAAUCUUAUUAAAGUGUUAUAAAAAAAAUGGAAGGAGGACAAGCGACUUUCCUAAAAGGGGGGCAUAUAAACAGAAAAGAAAAAAAUACCAAUAAAGAAUACACACGUACGUACAUACAUACAU